CUCGGACAGAAAAUAUGCUAAUUCUAGGUCCCAAGAAACGAAGAGAUCUGCUGUCAUAUCUGACAAUGAAUAUCGAUGGUUGCGCAGGCCUCUCAAAUAAAACGGAAGGACCUCAGCGCUACUCUGGACCCUGAUCUCUUUCGAUGAACAUAUCAAACAGUCCCCCCGACCCCCUCGAUUUUUAAGCAUUUUGAAAGAAGAGCCGUUUGUGAGCCGGCUCUUUUAAGUGUAAUGAGCCAAAUGAACCGGUUCACCGAAAAGACUCGGAACCACUAACGCACUGCUGCGUUUUUAUGACGCAAUUUUACCGCGACUCAUUUAUACUAAAAUGAAUUGUAAACGACAGCGAGAUGGUGGCGAGAAAGGAAAGAAGAGAAAGAAACGCGAAGAGAGAGCAGAACUUUCUCCACUACUCGAGGACGAAGAUGUGAAGAGGGCAGUGAAGGAAGCAUGGUCGCAGCGAGCGCAGUACUCUCAUGGGGGCCUGGAGCUGGACUGCCACCCUUUCCCUCACUGCAUCAUCAGAAACUUCAUCCAGAGUGACAGCUUUACAGAGAACCUACAGAGGGAGCUUCUAGACCUCAACUUCCAUGAGAAGUCCAACGACCUGUACAAAUUUAAUCAGUCAGACGACCUGAAAAAGAGAAAAGAGCCUCACAUCACAGGCUUGAGGGCAGCACUAUUUGGGCUGUUUCGAUCCUGGCUGGGGGAAGUGUUGGGGGUAGAACUGGAGCCCACAGUGGACAUUUCCUGUGCCAAGUAUCAAUACACUGAUGUUCUGUUGUGUCAUGAUGAUGAGUUGGAGGGGAGGCGUGUUGCCUUCAUCCUCUACCUUGUCCCUCCAUGGGAGAGCAGCGAUGGAGGAACCCUGGAUCUCUUCAGCACAGAUGAUCAAUUCCAGCCCCAUAGUGUAGUGAAGUCUCUGGUGCCCAGCUGGAACACUCUGGUUCUCUUCGAGGUUUCACCUGUCUCCUUCCACCAGGUUGCAGAGGUGUUGUCAGAGGAUAAGUGUCGUCUCUCUCUGAGUGGCUGGUUUCAUGGGCCGUCUUUGGAGCGACCCCCUCGUCACACCGAGCCCCCCUUCCCAAGGAGCCCCCACCUUCCCAGAGAUGAGACACUGUUGCUAGAGUGGCUGAAUCCACUGUAUCUGGAUGUUGACUACCAGUCACAGGUUCAGCAAGAGUUUGAGGACAGCUCUGAGAUCCAGCUCAAGAAUUUCCUCAAAGAGGAGAAGUUUAAGGAGGUGAGUGAAGCACUGCGAUCGACUGACGUCCAGUGGACCAAGCAAGGUCCUCCCAACAGGAGAUGUUAUGAAGUGGCUUCGUUAGAGUCCUUCCCCCAGUGUGUGAGUGCAUGCUGGGAGCUGUUGUGCUCGGAGGCAUUCUUCCUGCUUCUGUCCAACUUCACUGGCCUGAGACUGCACUACCUCAGCCCUAGUGACGAAGACAAGGAGGAAGAGAAGGACCAAGAAGAUGAGGAAGAGAGAGAAGCCACAGGGUCAUCUGUGUACACACCAUCAGCUAAUAAGAAUAACAAAGAGCCGAGCACGCCUGUGUGUGUUGGAGAACUGCGUCGCUGGGCUCACGGGGACUACACACUACUGCACGAUGGAGACGCAUCGAGAGCAGAGUACGCCCUUGACCUACUGCUGCCCCUGAGCUGUCCUGACUGGCAGACCGAGUUUGGGGGCUUCACCUCCUAUGUUGCUAAUGAAGAGGAUGAGGAGCUCCUGAUGGUGUAUCCAGAGGAGAACUCCCUGGCUCUUGUCUACAGGGACAAAGAGACUCUCAAAUUUGUCAAACAUAUCAAUCACAGAAGCUCCACCCUACCUAUUGGUGAUUAUUGUAGGAGAGCAGUUUAUGACUUCUCCUUUGUGUAUUAUGAAUGAGUUUUUAUGUGUAUGUGUUGAGGUGUAUGGGUUUGUAAUAUAACAUCACUGUGAGGGGUGGUCGGUCUACUCUAAAGCCUCAUGAUGUCAUGUGUUCUUCAUUAAAGUGAACAGACAGGGAUACCCUGUUACUAUGGUUACCUGGUUUUGGUUGGCAGCCACGGAGUAACGCAAGGAAGAAAACAAAUUCUACAGUGACAGCACUUGGUAGUAUUUUGUGUUCAUUAUCGUGUGUCGUUAUUGUGGCCCUGUAUGGCUGGGUUGGUAGGUCAUGGCGUUAGCAACGCCAGGGUUGUGGGUUUGUUUCCCGGUGCUACCCAGACGUGAAAUAUAUGCACACAUGACUGCAUGUCGCGUUGGAUAAAAGCAUCUGCUAAAUGGAAUAAAAUAAUAAUAAUAAUA